GGGUGAAUUUGCUUGUCUUUGCUCCACCCGCUCCUCUCACCUGUCCAAGCUCCUCUGCUCGACAAGUGAGUUGCUGGAAUUGGCAACUUGGUUUCGACCGCAUUUGCACACAAAGAGCACUGCCAACUUCGGGUCCGUUUGGGACUCACUAGGACUCAGCAGCUUUCGAUCCAGCUUAUCAACAGCUUACACCGUCUUGUCGGAACGCUUUCCCAGAGAGUUCGCUCGAUUUAUUGACUUCCGUGGCCAUGGGGAAUCUCUUCGACGUGCUCCGUGCGUCUCUCGUUCUCUCACUCGUGCUCAUCUCCCUCUCGGCGCUCCCCCUCGUAUCCGCCGGCUCGCCUAAGCGCGUCGCCCGCACGCGAUCAACGCACGAUGCCUACUGGCGGCAGCGCCGGCUGACCGAUGUCGUCGACCGCGGCUCGCGGCCGCCGCUGCACAUGUUCGAAACGAAGGCCCGCUUCGAGGAAGAGAAGCGCGAAAAGGGCGACGCGGGGAGCAAUGGCGGCGCCUCGUCAACCACGCCGAUCAAAUACCAGGGCGGGCCCGUGAUGACCGGCAGCGUGAACGUGUACUUAAUCUACUACGGCGACUGGCCGACGGGAUCCGGGCAGAAUGUGAUCGAGAACUUUAUCCGCUCGCUGAGCGCGGGCUCGAAGCGGCAGGGGGACCCGUCGGAGCCCAAGGUGAAGCGCUGGUGGGCGAUCAACGCGGCGUAUUACCAGGAGGCAAACGGCGGGAGGGCGAACGUCAGCAGCAAGGUGCGACUAGCUGGGACGGUCUACGAUGACUACUCCGCUGGGAAGAGUUUCGGCGACAACACAGUGUGGGAAGUUGUUUCAAGCAAGAUUGGCGACGGAAAAGCGUUUCCGUACGACCCGCAGGCCAUUUACCUGCUGCUUACGAGCCCGGACGUAACAAAUCCCGGUUACUGUAGCGAAUAUUGCGGAUGGCACACAAUGGAUCACAUGGGAUCCGACGCGGUUAUAUACUCGUUUGUGGGUCACCACGGGCAGUGUGCAGAAGGUUGCGGAGCGCAGAGCACGUCGCCCAACGGAAACCCUGCGAUCGAUGCGACGGUUUCCACCAUCGCCCACGAAAUCGCAGAGGCGGCAAGCGACCCUGAUGCCAAUUCAGGCUGGCUGGAUGACGGGGGGGAAGAGAAUGCAGACAAGUGUUCGUACGAUGUUGGGCCGACGAAAACGGGUCGCGACAACAGUGGUAACGAGUACCUGUACAAUCUGGUCGGGAUGAAGGGCAUGCGAUUUCUGGUUCAGCAGAACUGGGACUGGGAGAAGAACCAGUGCGCGUCUCAGAGGAAGUACCACUAGGAAAGACAUUCCGAGUGGCUGUGAAACGAAAGCCCCAAUGGCGAAGCCUCGUUUCAAGGGCGGAGUAUCCGCCUUGAGCUGCGGCAGAGUAUGGUGCAGUGCAGUUACCAAAAGGAAUAAGCGAUGCUGCGCUGCGUUCGCGCCAUAGUACCUGUUUGGGGAAGGCGGGAAGGCCGACUCGGAUCCAUGGACUGAGUCCAGCACCGGAUAUGAGGGUUAGCAGAAGUGCUCCUAUAACGUAAUAAAACGCUCCCAGGAGGGCUAUAUAUCGGGAGUUCACUUAUCCAUGUAUGCGCCACUGGCGGUAAUGCAACAACCUCUUGCCACCCUUCCAUCCAUUCUCACGUCCUUCGCUGCCCUACUACCAACGAGCCUACCAAGGUGCAUGAUGCAGUCAAACAGGAGGUCCACCGCAUCGUCUUGGAGCUUGGGUUUUCCGCG